AUGGAAGCUAAGGACGACUGCACAGUCAUGAACGAGGCAGACAAGGUUGCAGCGUCGCUCGAGGAGCUCGCUGCGCACGAACCGAUAGGAACCCUGCUCCUUCGGCGGGCACUAGCGGCAGAUGAGGCGGUUUCGCACCUACAUGAGUACGCUGGAGGCUCUGUAUAUCUCGAGCGACUUCAUGCGCGAACAAUGGUGGUGUACUUGAGGGAUCGUUUCCGAUUAAAUCCACUUUUCGAAAGUUCAGACCAGGUUCUCGAAGUGGCGAAUGUCAUCCAUUCAUCGCAUCCGCGCUCAUUCGAGAAGUGUCAGGAUCUGUUCCAGCGGUUUAUGUUGGAACUACUCACCCAAUAUGUGCUCAUGGACGCAAUGGAGCGGUUGCAAAACCGUGGAACCUGGCAGGUAGACCUGGAACCUUUAGAAGAACUCGUGCAGGAGGAUCCAUCGUACGCAUCCGGUCUGGCGCGUGUGAGAUUGCACGAGUUGGAAGCGAUAUUCGCGAAAAAGCAUAGUCCGCUUUCGCAAAAGUCUUCCUCGAAGGCGAAGAAAUCGUCGGCUUCUGCCAACAAGUAUCUUGGUCUGGAUCAGCGACAGCUGGCGACAUCGCUUUUUCCAGAGGACCGCCUGCUCCCAAUGGCCACGGAGUAUGUGGAAGCGCUUCUUGAAUGGCUUGGAAAGCCACCGUUGACUGCAGCGCUGGAAGCGCUUGCGAUGCUCGAAAGGCACAACGCUGCGAAUCCGCAUGGGCAUGAAGCCGCAUCUCCGUCGAGACUCGAUUCCGAAGCACUCUCUGAGACGACUGCACGGCCGCAGAGGACGCAAACCGGGAAUGAGAACCUUUCGCGAUCACCGGGAAAAAGAGCGGAAAUACGACCUGCCCCAGUAGCUGUUGCAGUUGGUGAGCAAGCGGCACAGACCACCGCGCUCGCGACCAAGAAGAGCGCUUCGAGGUCGCAAACGUCGACGCCGCCAGCCAGCGCUGCGGUACCACCAGCACCUCGUGGAACAAAACACGCUGAAUCUGCGCUGGAUGAAGCGUUUGCGCAGCAUGGGCGCACAGGAUCGUCAACGCGGGUUCAGGAAGCGUCGUCGACGGUGGAUCAACAGCAAACCGAGCAUGUGAAGUCGAGAACGCGAGUUCCGACACCAGCCGCGGACCAAGACCGGGAACCUGCUGCGAAACAGGUGGAUCCGACAGAUGAUGCCAUUGCGGAGGCCUUGCGAUACAACGCACCAGAUGAAAAAAGGCAGAGAGGAAAAGCCGCACCCCGUCUGCCUGCUGCAAAAGGGGCGCGCUUAUUCCGACACCCUUCAUCACUGACCACGAAUGAAUAUGUCGCUACACAGGAGAAGGUAUCGGAGCACAAACGGCGGAAACGUGUGCAUGAGCCUGUUGCGCCGGCAUUCGAGUCAGAUGCGGGCGGGAGACAGCCAGCUCGUCCUACGUCGCAGCCACAGGCACCUAUGACGCGACCUGGUUCCCCGCAGCCAACGAAGCCGGCGACCAGAGGCGGUCAUGAACUUCCUUUAUCAAAUGAGGGCGGCAUCAAGCUCGGCCCCCUCGUUCGAUACACCCCCGAAGAGGACGAGGCGCUACUUGACGGCAUUCGGGCCUGUGGCGUGGGCCACUGGCGACUCAUCCUGAAUCGUAUUCAGGACCGGCUACAGGAACCGCAUCGGAGCUACCAGUCCGUUCGGAAACGAGCGGAGCAGCUGAUAUCCCAGAUUGGGACCCUCCCGGAGCCACCACCGCCUUUGAACAGCUUUGCCAAAGUCCACUUCACAGCCGAAGAAGAUGCCGAACUGCGAAAGGGGAUCGAUCUCUUCGGCUACGGCUCGUGGUCGCGUAUUCUCAAACACGGUCGUUUUCACCCAAAAAGAACCGCGGAGUCGCUAAAAUCACGCGCUCGGGUUCUGAAGCUCAAUCGUCUGCUCUAG